AUGGGCAUCGAGAAGAACCCCCCGCACGUGGCGCUUAAACUGAGUGACGUUUUUGCCUCAGAAAAGAAGCCCGGCCGAGCGAACCAACAGCACCAACAGAGUAGCAAAGCAAACAAUGAGGAAUCCACAAAAAAGUCGAGAAACAUACUGAACAAGUACCGAGUAACCAAAUUAAACAAUGGAGAGAUUAACAAUAUUUAUGUAAAGAAUGAAUUCUUCAAAGAUAGAGCAAAGGCGAAUGGACUAAGGCAAUCCAAUUGGGCGGUAGAAGCUCUCCCCAAAGGAGGCGAUGACUCCACGAAUGGGGACGCAGCGAAGGAGACGAAUGAAGGAGAUAUCCAGGAGGAAGUUCACAGAUCGGUUAAAUUUUGUAGAAGAAAAAUUCACAAACAAAGCAACCUGCUUAUGUCCAAUGGGACUAUCGGGCUAGUUGUCCACAAUGGAGUAAUGUGCUUGUCCAUGAAAGGACAACAGUGUUUCGUCAUCACAAGUGCUAAAAACGCAUUUUAUGUCCUGGACCCACAUAAACUGAGGAAAGCCUACACAUCUGAGCACUAUCCAGAAGACAUACAAAAUUUGUACUGCGCUAAUGGGUACGUCUACGUCAUUUUCCGAAAAAAGGUUUACAAGGUUAAUGAGUCUGGUGGGAAAAAGAUCUUCUCUUUGGAGGAGGACUUCCGUAACAUUGUGAAUAUUUUGACUGUGUAUGAUUACCUGCUGACGUAUAGCAAAAAGGAGAUAGUCAUAUGGAACGACGUGUACAAGGAGGGAUGCGAUGGCGACGAUUUUGUUAGCGAGUCCUGCAGUGAGGUGGGGCAUGGAGACCAAUGGGGAGAAGAGAACCCUGAUGAGGAGGAAGCCGCGAAGGGGGGAGAAGCAAACCAUGAUGAGGCUAACGCAACGAUGGGGAGAGAAAACCCAUCGUAUGUGGCGAACGAAGCGAAGGAGGGAGAACCGAACCAUGAUGAUGAUAACGCAGCCAUGGGGAGAGAUGAAGCCCCCCUCUCUGGGGACCCCACCCUGAGUGGCUGCCCAAACGGAAAGAAGCACCUCUUCAAAAGGAUCCUCCUAUUUGACGACCACUCCGAUGUCGAAAUACGCUCCGUCAUCCACCCCCCAGGGUACAUAAACAAAGUGAUCAUCCUAACGAGUGAAAAUAAAAUAUAUCUAUACAACAUCAACAAGGAGAAAAUCAUCCACGAGUAUAGGGCUCUCCGGAGCGUUAAUUUAAGAAACGAAAAAAACAUAAAAUUUAUCACCCUGACAACGAAGAAGGAUCAGCUGUGCAUCGUAACAUCAGCCAAUGAGCUUUACAUAAUCAGCACGGACAGAGACGAACUGGUGUACUCAAAGAAUAUACACAUGAAUGAGGACAAAAUUACCUGUGUGCAGUUCUACAAUUACACGUAUGAUGCUGAAAGCAUGUCAGUCAUCUUGGUAGGCACCGAGUUAGGGAAGAUUAUUAUGAUCGAUCCGAACAGCAGUAACUAUUUCAUUUUACGAGAUGCUCACGAUUGUGUGAAGGCCAUAUUGAUACCUCCUCAAGGGGGGGAGUACCUAUUCACAGUUGGCCAAAGAGACAACAAAAUAAAUCUGCUCAAUUUGCAUAAGUCUACUUUCACCUUGGAUGUUAUGAAGAGAAGAAACAGUUGCGUUGGACUCAUCAAUAAUGUAAAAUAUCUCGACGACGAGAAAUUCAAAAUAUUGGUCUCUGCAAAUGAGGCAAAGAAACGGGAAGGAAAUCUCUACAUCAUAAACCCACAUUGCCCUGAACAGAAUAAAGACUUUUCAUGGAACAAAAAAAUUAACCUCCUAGAUAGGACCAUCAUCGAUUUUGACAUUAAUCCAAAUAGGCACUACGAUUGGAAUAACAUCCUCGUGUGUGUCAGGGACUCUCUCCGAGUUUACUUUGCCUCCUCCUACAAGAAGGUUAUAGACAAUGUAUUUUUGACACUUCCCGGCGAUGUGAUUAGUGGGGCUUCCAAAGAGCGCAUGCGGGGAAGGGGGACGGGGGCAGCAAAGGGAAGAGGAAAAGGCCAAGGAGUGGAACCACAUGGGAAUGAUAAUCCCAACGGAGUGAGGGAGGGCCUCUUUAACUGGAUCCAUAAUCUGUCGAAUCACGCGCAGGAAUGUUCCAGCGAAUCGAAGGAGAAGGAGGAGGAGUACAAAAUUUUUGACGACUACAACCAACAUGGCGAGUUCGAAGAGGAUCAAGGACAAAUGGGAAAGAGAAGAAAAAGCGCAACGAGCGUGUUGAUAUCGACAUGUGGACACAUUGGCAUCGUGGGGUACAGCGAUGGGGAAAUUCAUUCCUUCAACAUGCAAUCGGCAACGUACAGAAAUGAGUACAAACUCAAUAAGUACUCUUUCAAAUCGAAGGCGCACCUAAAUGGAGAUAUUCUGAAGCUAUACCGCUACGGCAUAAGCAAUUUCGUGUCCGCCUCAAACAGUAAGGAAGACCUUUACCUAAGGGUGUGGAACAUAUACACAAGUGAGUUAAUAUACUCCUACUGUAUCAGGAAGGAGUACCUAAAUAGGGAUGCGUCUAAAAACAAUAACAACAAUGAUCAAAUUAGCAUCGCUUCCUUCUACCAUUUUAACAUUCUCACUGUGGUGUGCCUCUCAAAUAACCAAACCGUCAUCCUAGACAUUGAGCAGAAAUCUGUAACCAGAAGGUUCAACUUCGCCUAUGCAGUUACCAAUGCUACUUUCAGUGCAGACAACAGAUUAAUUCUAUUCGCUCUAAAGAAUAAUACUCUACUACUGUACGAAAUUAUUUCCAACACUUUUAUCGAUUACUUGCUUUUCAAAAGUGAAAUAACCUCCAUGGUGUAUAAUGACGUUUAUCUCUACACUGCACACAGCGCUGCGGAAAAUUAUCUUUACUCCUUUACUAAUAAAAAUCUCUUCAACAACAGCAAUUGCGUGGUUAAUGAUUAUCGGUCCUUUGGUGCUGUUCUCAUGGAGGAGUUAUCUGACGGGGAAAGCAACCGCGAGUGCCCCGAACCAAGCGUGGGGAAACUCAUUGGGAUGGAUUGCGACGUGGAUUAUGAAUACCUGAAUGGAAGUGUCGCUCCAGAAGGGGACUCCUCUAGCAAGCUUCACUUAGAGACAAACGACAGGGGAACGCUCAAAUCGGCGCAGCUAAUGGAUCCAUACAAAUCCAGCGAGAAACAAAUCAACAAAAAUUUACUUACCAUGUCGGGAUUUAGCAUGUCCAAGAUUGCCUAUAUCAUCUUCCUGGAUAAGAUAAAAGAAAAUUGCAGGGUACAAGAGAGCGUAAAGAAGAAGCAAGAAAUCCCCUUUUUCCUGAGCGCCCAGCUGGACAGAAAUAUAGAGUACGCAGAUGGGAAGGAACUGGAGUUUUUGCAAAAUAUUACCAAGGGGGAGAGCGACGGGGAAGGGGAGGCUGCGGAGGACGAUGUGGAGGGGGCUGCAGAACGGGACGAACUGGUUGACGAAGUGGGGGACAAAGUUGCUGACGAAGUGGGGAACACAGUGACUGACCAAGUCCGAGACAAAGUUGCUGAUGAAAUGGCUAACCAGGUGAACACCCCUGGCGACCCCCACGCGAAGACCAAAGCAAAUCCUCGAAAAACGAAAAACAACAAGAAGAGACACAUCACCAAGGUGGAUAAAAUUGAAAUGCCCAUAUCUAAGCUGCAGGAAAUGCUGGCCCAAAACGAGGACUCGUACAUCAACGUCUUCAAGUACCUAAUGGGACUCUCCCCAUCCGGGGUUCACUUCAACAUCCUCUGUUUGAGCUCCAAGGACGAGCUGGAGAACAUGAUGAACUUCUUCAUUUAUCAUGUCAAAACGAACGACAACAUCGACCUGAUUCAAGCAUACAUAUUCAUAUUCUUAAAAGCGCACGGCAAAAAGCUGCUGAAAAUGAAAGACAAAAAACUUAGGAACACCACGGAGGUGCUGCUGCAAGAAAUACAAGCGAGCUGGUCGAAUAUCAAUUUCUUAUUUGAAAGCGUUAUUUUUUUUAUCAAGUUUUUAACAAAUAUACAGCUGGAGUGA